UACAGCUGAUCUGUAGUCAUCAUCUAAAGCCGGAGUGCCCGCCUGCUCUGUAGUCAUCGUCAAGCUUCGUUCUCCAGUUUUCAGUCUUACGAGAAGAAUGGAUACGCUAUCUGUGUUUAAAAUCGACACCGCGCUUCCUGUCAUGCACGUCAAAGGGAAUCAUUCCAUCCCCUCAACUCCGCAAAGAAAUUGCAGCUCCUACGAUGGGUUUUCGAGAUACCAAUUCACCGAUAAGCUUGAACACACCGGCCUGAUUCGCUUAUUUCCCUUGAAAUGCCGUCGGAAGAUUCAAAGAAAUGUAAUCGCCAUGUCACAAAUCGCAACAGCCAGCUCUUCUAGCGAUGAUAGGAUUUCUCUUGCAGGCGUUCAUUUGGGUUCGAAGUUCCGUGGAAUUUGCUUUUACGCCGUUACUGCGAUGACUGCGAUUCCCCUCUUCGUGUUAAUGAUGCUGGUGCACCCUUUUGUAAUGAUCUUGGAUCGGUACAAGAGAAGAGUUCAUCACACGAUUGCGAAAAUUUGGGCAACUUUGACUAUAUCUGCUUUCUAUAGGUUUGAGUUUGAGGGUUUAGAUAAUUUACCCGCUUGUGAUGCUCCUGCUGUUUAUGUUUCCAAUCACCAGAGCUUCUUGGACACAUACACUCUUCUGACUCUGGGACGGUGCUUUAAGUUCAUAAGCAAGACAAGUAUUUUUCUUUUCCCGAUCAUAGGGUGGGCAAUGUUCCUUAUGGGCCUCAUUCCUCUUCGGCGCAUGGACAGUAGGAGUCAGCUGGAAUGUCUUAAACGCUGCAUGGAUUGUGUGAGGAAAGGAGCAUCUGUGUUUUUCUUUCCUGAGGGUACUCGGAGUAAGGAUGGCAAACUAGGCGCAUUUAAGAAAGGAGCCUUUACUGUCGCCGCCAAAACAGAAGCACCUGUAGUUCCAAUUACCCUUCUGGGCACCAGAAAACUAAUGCCUGCAGGAAUGGAAGGCAUUUUGAAUUCAGGAUCAGUUAAAGUUGUUAUACACAAACCCUUAGAAGGAAAAAAUGCUGAAGUACUACGCGAUGAAUCUAGGAGAGUGAUAGCAGAUACGCUCAUUAGUCAUGGUUAUGGAAUACAUAACUCUGAUUAGUGGUAUCAUUUACGACAUGUGGGCUUUGUCAGCUGGAACAGUUGGGCAAAGGACUGUCAUUUCAAGGUGAGGAUGUUGGCUGUGGAGCUUAAGCACAAGGUACCCAAUGCAUGUAUGUCAGGUUGUGGGGGCUUAACAGCCCACAUUGGUGUUGCUCGAACAGAGGAGGCUUUGGCUACAUAUGCGUCCACUAUAGAGUGCUGUUAUUCCUGAGAGACCGCCACAUAGGCGUCUGUCUAUUGAUGUUUUGGCGCCCAUUAUAGGGUACCGAUACAGAGCGCUUGGCGACCGGUGCGAUUACUACACGAAAAAUUAGUUUUUAAGUCAUAUUUGGAGCGUGAAUCGGUGAGCUUGAUGUUUUAUUCUUUUUGAAUUCUUCGACGAGUAUUCUGGUGAAGGUGAGGAGUGUCAAAGAGGUGGAUUUAGGUGAUUCGACGUGAUUUUUUGCAUCGAAUUGGAGAGAAAAGAUUGUUGAUGUGAGUCAUGUAAAGUUUCUUCAUGUGAGUGUUGAGAAGAAACUUGUAUGAGACAUUUGUAAAAUUUUCUGAAUUUCAUAGCAAAAUUUUUGGUGGUGUGACUCAGUGGGUUUUUCUAG